AUGGCACGUGGAGGGCCAACACGGGGCACUGAGGCUCCACCAAGCAUUACCGGCAUGGUCCCAGCUUCUGUGAUGAGGGAUGUGCUCCAACACAUGCGUCUCACCAACAGAGAACUCACCCAAAUCACAGCUUCGGUCAGCGUUCUCGACGCCGUGAAGCAGGAAUUGUCCGGAGUUAAGGGACUCCUUCAGGUGAUGGCCGAGAGAGAUGUCACUGUGCCUGUUGCCGAGCUCGCUCAAAAGGCAGCCCAGGGAUUUCGCCAAGUUGCUAGCAGCUACCAACAAGGAAGCCAGUGCAUGGAAGAGCGUAUUGCUGCAUUGGAAAAGAAGGUCAUCGCCAAAAUGAAGGAUGCGACCACGGACAUGAAGAGGCACACAACCCAGAAGUGCACCGUAGUGUCGGACCAGCAGACCAUGGCUGGUCCAUCCAACCAGAAGAUAAUGGACAGGUUGGUCGCUCAAGACAGCAUCCUAAAUCAUAUGGACAACAACAUUGACAAGCUGGAAGUGCACGUCAAGAAGACUGUUCACAUCUUGGACACCAAGUGUCCUCACAGCAACUUGAAGUCUCCUCCAGCCGCUGCAUUGGAGGGAAUUCCAUUACUGGAUCAAGAGGACACAGCUCUGGUGGAAACCAUCCCCGUUAUGUCAAUAUGA